GUUUAACGUCGCGAGAACUACCUAGAUUUUCAAGCCCAACCCCCAAUCCCCGAAUUUGAAUUACACCAUUUAUAUCAGGUAUACUACCUAGGUAUUAACUAGUCGCUCAAGCCUCUAAAGACAAUGGACAUCUCGUCUAUACCCCACCUUGUUAAGACGGAAAAUUCAUGGCAACUUAUCGUCCAUGGUAAACCCUUCCUCAUGUUGCCAGCCGAGUUGCAAAACUCGUCUUUUACGUCUCAUGAGUACAUGUCUACCGUAUGGCAGAAGUUGGUAGAUAGUAAUGUGAACACUGUUCUGGGCUGUGUCACCUGGGAGAUGAUUGAGCCGAUUGAAGGCCGGUUUGAGUUCUCUGAGCUCGACAAGAUCAUACAGGGGGCUAGGGAACAUGAGCUACAUGUUGUCUUACUUUGGUUUGGUUCAUUCAAGAAUGGCCUCUCUACCUAUGUACCGCCUUGGGUAAAGACGAACCCGAAACGCUUCCCAAGAGCCAAGUUGCGUAAAGCCGGUGGUAUCUUGGAAACUGCUGAUGUCCUCUCCAUAUUCCACCCCGAAACAUUGGAGGCUAGCGGAAAAGCAUUUCAAGCGUUGAUGAAUCAUCUAAAGAUCGUCGACAUGGAAUUUUCCACCGUUCUUAUGGUACAAGUUGAGAACGAGACUGGUUUACUAGGGGACUCGCGAGAUGCUUGUGGAGCCGCCAACCAAAAGUUCGCUGAAGCAGUUCCUAGGAAUUUGAUUAUUUUCCUGGUAGAUACCUGGGAUUUACUACAUCCCGAUCUACAAGAGAUCAUUAGUCCGGCCUUCAGACAUCUAGAAGGUAAAUAUCGCGAAGGAAGCUGGGAGCAGGUCUUUGGCAAAGGCCCAAGGACAGACGAGCUCUUCAUGGUCUAUCAUUAUGCUCUCCAUUUCAAUAAGAUAGCAAUCAUAGGCAAGUUCUGUUAUGCGAUUCCCUUAUACACCAAUACCUGGAUGAAUUAUUCCGGUGAUAACCCAGACAACGCCUUUCCUGUUGUUGCUGGGGGUGGCGGAAUGCCCGGCGACUAUCCUUCAGGUGGCCCAGUCAGCAAUGUGCUAGAUAUUUGGCAGCAGUUCGCCCCAUAUUUGGACUUUAUCUCCCCUGAUAUCUACCUUAACGAUUACGAAAGUUCAUGCGCGAAGUAUCGUCAUCGAAACCAGCCCCUUUUUAUCCCUGAACAGAGGCGAGAUGACUACGGUGCACGACGUAUCUGGAUUGCGUAUGGGUCCUAUGCCGCCUUAGGAGCGUCUCCAUUCGGAAUUGAUACGGUGGACCCGGAUGAUAACGCCUUCACCAAGCACUUUGGCUUACUCAAAUCCGUAUCUGCGCUGGUGCUUGAAGCUCAGCGUCGCCCGGGCUCGUCUGUCGGAUUUUGCUUCGACGAGCUGCCACAAAAUGCACUGGUAGACCCUGCAAGACCCAUAGUACGACACUGGGGUGGCUUCGAGAUUACUAUUGAGCCAUGUUUCGUGUUUGGAAAGCGUGAUACUGGUGCCGGUAUGGUCAUCCACCGCGGUGGUGCCAAAUUUCUACUCAUCGGGUGGGGUUUCCAGGUGCGCGCCAAAUCACUUUCCCCAAAGGCUACCUUUACGGGGAUCUUGAGUUUCGAAGAAAAAGCUGUAGUCAACAGUGAGACGGGCGAGUUGAAGACUCAGAGGCGAUUGAAUGGCGAUGAGACGCGGAGUGGAAAAUUCGCCAUGAUGCCCAGCGAGAAUCCUGAUUAUGGUGGUUUUCCUAUCAGCGUUACUGUCCCUGCAAGGACUAUGAUUGCGGAACUGGAGGUCUAUUCCCUGGAAGAAGAUGAUGAAUAAUACUGGCUACCUUGAAUGCGGUGUGUCUAAUAGGUAGUUGGUUUGAUUCCAGAAAAUAUUGUUUAUUCAACAAGUGUGCAAA